AUGGCCAAGGGGUCUUUCACGCUUUCUCCGGAACUCAUUCUAGAACCAAAGCCGUAUCUGGAUGCUAUCCCUAUCCCUGCUGGAUUCCAGCUUCCUAGUCUACUCCUCGUUCGCGAGGACGCUAUCACCGCUGCAAAAUGGAUCAUGAAUCCCGAUCUCAUCGACACCAAGAACGUUCCGGGCAUUAGACCAGAUGGUACCCCUCUCGGAGAUAUGCACCCCGGACUCGUGUACCAAGCCCAGCUCAAGCUACUGUUUCAGUUUGCUUACUUCUGUCAGCACGAUACUGUACCGUACGAUAUUCUCCCGCAAUGUGUGUGGGCUCUCCAAUGGUUUGCGCGAGCAGCCGAGGAAGCACCGGAGGAUCAAUUACGGGCGCUCGGGCACAUCCUACCCCACCAGAGAGGGGCGAUGGCGGAGACAGCACGGCAUAUGUUGGUCAUAAACAGCCAGUUCAAGCUAACCAAGCAUUUGAUGAGCGCACUCGUGGAUCGUCCAAAAGAGGCUGUUAAGUAUUUCCACAAGAUCAUCGACAUCCAGACCGAGCGUAUUGGCCCUAAGACAAAGUCGGAUGAUAUGCUCACUCACAAUCCCAACAUGUAUGCUGAGUUCGGCACCGCUCUUGCUCGUACUCGUGAAGACGAUGAGGAGGCCGAGCGUGUCCUGCGUAGGACGUUAGUUGCGUUCGACAAGCCAAAGAACAAAGCACCGGACCAGCUGUAUGCCAUCAAAUGCCGCGUCUACCUUUCACGUGUGCUUCGCCGUCGUGGCGCCGAAAGUGAGGCCGAGGCUGAAAAACUCGAGGCCUUCGUUGCCAAGUGGCUCAAAAAGAAUCACAGCCGCUUCCCAGUCUCCGAGCUACGAGACCUCUUCGGGACUUCGGACACAGAUCCCGAGACUGAUCCUAUCCUAAUUGCAACAGGCGGCAUGGAGGUAUUGACGCGCCGCGGGCUUUCUUACAACGCUCAGCAGCGGAGGUCGCGCGUAUGCCGGCAUUGCAACAAGGCAGAACUAGCGGUGAAACUCUUCCAGUGCGUAAAGUGCAAGCAUACAUUCUACUGCUCGAGAGAAUGUCAGAAGGAAAAUUGGCGUCUGCAUAAGGAAUUCUGCAAGGACCAGGCCGCAUCGCUCAUGCGCGCCGACCUUCUGAAAGCACUGGGCGACACAGCAGGCAGCCAGCUAUUGACAGACUGGACCAACUGGCGCAACAUGAUCUUCCCAGACGAGAUGCUCCACGCCCGCGUGCACGCGCUCAACCUGCAGCGCGACCACAACCGCGGGCGCACACAUCUCCUGAUCACCGAGGUCCGCGAGAUCGCGAGCGCCAAACACCCCGCGGGCCGCUUCCGCGCCGUCCGCACGGGCGUCUUCCGUCUCGUGGACGUGAAGCGCGACAUCGAGCUCGUCAUGGGGCUCGACAAGGGCGAGUGCGACGAGAUGGUCCGCGAGAUGUUCGAGGAGUUCGACCAACGAGGAGGGGAGGCGCAGUAUCCGUGGUUGGAGCUGUACUUUGGCGACGAUAAGCGGAUACAGACGUACCUGAGCAUCUCGGGCAUAUCUGACGAGCAGCUCGAGAAGCUGCCACAUAAUCCGGACUGGCGCAAACAGGUGAACUACAAGGGCGGGGAUCCGCCCUUGCCCAUUAGCGCUCUUAGGUCUGGCGCAAAGGACGCCGAGCAUGAUCUUUGAACUCUGAUAUUUUGACUUUCUCGUUUCUGCUAUGCUAUAUUAACUUCCGGCCGCCAGCAUCCGAAGAACUGCUACCAUGCUUUAUAUAGUCUUGC